AUGCCUCCCCAGGCGAAGCGCCUAGGAGGCCGGAGCCACCGGUUGCGGCGGAGGCUUAGACUCUCGGUCACCGCGCUGCUGCUGCCUGGGCCCUGCGAAGUUGAGCGGCCGCGCGGGCUGCGGGUUCGCGCCCCGCCCGGAGCGAGCCCGGGGGGGCGGGUCCGCGGGGGCUCGGCGGGAGGGCGCUCGAUGGGGGCAGGGGACUGGAGCCUCUGGGCUGACGCGCGCCGCUCGCCCGUUCUCUCUCCCGGCGCCGCCGGCCUCCGCCGCGGCCGCGAGGUGCCCGGGCGCGUCCCCGCAGCCCCGCCGGCCGACGCGCUGAGCCCCGGAUCGCGCCAGGCCGCGCGCCGGCGCAGCUUUUCGCGCGCGCGCUUGCUCGCUCUCCCUGCUAGCUCGCACGCUCGCUCGCUCGUUUUCUUUCUUUCCUUCUUUGCGCUCGCCCGCGCGGGGCGCCUUUUCCGCUCGUACUGCUCGCGCCCUCCUUCCUGCUGGGCCCGGCAGAGCGGGGCGGCCGGCAGCUCUCCCCGCCCCCCUGCACCCGCGCUCCGGCGGAGGCGGCGGCGGCGGCGCUCCGCGCUCCGACUCAUUCCAAUAUGGCACGGACGCAAGGCGCAUGCGCCCGCGCCCCCCCCACAACCCCCCAGCUCCGCGGUCCUCCCGGCAACCGGCGCCCCUCGCCUCUCGCGCGUGGCACUCCCGACCUGGCCUCCCCGCGCCCACCGACUCGCGGAGCUGGUGCUGCACGGGAGACGACGCGUCCGUGGGCCCGGGUCCAUUACCCGCCGCUUUUCUCGGGUCCCCUGUCCGCACCUCGCCGAAGACACCCGCGAGGCCGUGGCGCUGGGCGGCGUGGCGUGGGCCUCUGAUCCCCGACGGCGCCAUGGACCGAGCACGGCUUGCAGACGCGUCCUCGGGUUCCGGGGGCGAGUCCUGGCCCUGCUUGGAUUCUGGAGAGAAAGACCUCACCUCGGCUUCUGGACAGAGCGGCUCGGAACCGGCGAAGUCCCUGAUCCAUCCGUCCCGGGCGAAGCGCGCCACUGUAGCCCGCACGUGACCACCUCGAGCAAGAUGGUAUUAGCAGAGAGGCAGCAGCCCUGCAGGUCCCUAAAGGGCGCGUGCUGCUGCCGAGGGAGCUGCGCCCGCCGGCCGGGCCACGUCGGGAAUCCUUCACGUCUUUUGACAUCUAGCAGAGCACUCUAGUGCCCGUCUACUGCGUCGGACUCGAACGCCUUCGGAGAGGCGCUUUGUAAAUCCGUCUUCUUGCUGCAAAGGGUGACCUAAGAACUUCAAAGAGAAGAAGAGAAGCUCAGAAAUGCUGUGAAUCAGCCUCGAAUCCGAAGGUGCCCGCGAGCAGCUACCUUUGGCGACUCCUCCCUUCUUCAGCACGCACAGGUGUCAAUAGGAUGCACACCCACCUGCUCCGGAAAGUUCCCGCAGAAGAAGAUCCCAGCGCCAGUGGGACCCGGGAGCGCCAAUGAGGCCAGACUCUCCAGCCUAAGAUUGCCCUCAGUCAUGGCUCCUGAGGCUCCUGUCUUUGAGAGAAGAGGAGGCGCCCACACACAAACACACACACCAAUGUCUUGGGGUGUUCACAUUAGGCAUCUUUCUCUUGUUUGGGGGCAACCCUGGGAAAUAUGCACAUUACAAACUCCAGAUAAUUUUUCUUUUUGUAAGUGUAAGCACCAUUGAAAAGACAAAGUAACAGGAAAAAAAAAGAAUGUAAAAAGAAUAUUCAAUGAUUGCUACACAAUUUGAGCCCCCCCCCCAAAAAAACCUUCUACAUAGAUACUUACCUUGACAUGCUUGCAAGCACACAUUUUCUGUUUUUGAUACUUAACUAACAUGUUUUGUUUGCAUGAUCGUUUUUUAAGAUAUACGGUUCCUACUUGGGGGGUGUUUAAUUUCAUUGCAGUUAUCUGCUAACACAUCCAUGCGGUCCACAGUCGAGAUGAGUUUCUAGGAGUGGGAAAGUUUUCAGGUGGGAAACUGUGAAUGGCCUGUCGCCCCAGUUCUUUCACCAGCAGGGAACAGUGUAAGGAAUGUAAUGCACAUUUCUAAACACCAAGUGACAUCUUUUCUCCCCGACAUUAAUGAUGCCUAGUGAUGGUUUGAAGUUACCUUAUUUGGCAAUUCUUGGAUGACUAAACAUUCAAAAUUUCCCCAUUUGCUCUCUGUAUUUCCCCUUCUGUACAUAACCUGUUGUUCAUAUCCAUUGUCUUGAGUUGAAUCUCUUCUCAUGUAAAAAAAAAAAAAAAAAAAAAAACCUUUAAAAGAUCUUUCACUUUUUGUUAUUAUGGGAAUGUUGCCCCUGACUGAUAACUCUUUCACUUUUGUUAUAAUGGGAAUGUUGCCCCUGACUGAUACUCUUUCACUUUUGUUAUUAUGGGAAUGUUGCCCCUGACUGAUACUCUUUUGUUUUAGUUUACAGUUCACCUGUCAUUCUAGUCCUCUGGGUGUUUUUGUUUUUGUUUUCAUUGUGGAAUGUUUUCAUUGUCAAAUGCUAACAAAAUGAGCUUUCAUGCACCUGUCUACUUGGAUAAUUUCUUUGCAUAUUUUAUUCUAUGAUCACCUGUCCAAUUUUAUUUCUGCUGUUUUGGAGUAAAUAGAUAAAAAAUGUAGACCCAGUUUUCCUCCUCUAUUACAAUGGUUAUUGUUUAUGCAGUCACCAUUUAUUAAAUAAUUCUCCCCUUGGUCUUUGCUUAGCAGAACCUACUUUUUUGCUACCUUUGCUUUUGGCUUGUGUGUUUCAGAAUCAUCCAGUUCCUCCAGCAGACCUUGAUUUCAGCAAACACUGUAUGGUUAUAACUGUCGGUUCUUUGAAAUAGUUUUCACAUCUUACAAGGGUCGAUUUCUACCAUGAAAACUUGUUUUUUAAGUAGGGUUUACAUGCCCAUACACAUUCUCGGAUAAUUAUAUAAGGGAGAAGAGCAUUGGUUUCAGGGCUGGGGAGACAGCUCAGCAGUUACCCGUGCAUACUGCCCUUGCAGGAGACCCAGGUUCAAUUCCCAGUGCCUACAUGGAGUUCACCACUGCCUGUACUUGAGCUCCAGGGAAUACAGUGCCUCAGACACCAACACUCAUGUUUUUUUAAAACAAAGC